AUGCAUACACCAAUGGUAGCAGCAAAACGUAGCGUAAAAGUUGAAAAGGCUUUAUCUAUGCCCGAGUUUCAUAUUGGAGGUGUCUCGGGUUGCGAGUCCAAUAGCGUGUCUGGCUUCAGUAAGCCAGGCAUAUCUACUACUACCACAAAAACUAGUACUACAUUAAUUUCAGUUCAUAGUUCAUCGGCUCCUUCGCUUAGAUCUAUCAGGCAAGGCAAAAGUAUCAAUCUUCCCAAAAUUAAAAACAAGGAGUCUCCAAAUUUGACUACAUCAAAUAUGAGCAAUCCAGCAUCGCGAAUUCUAGUCACCAUUGCACAGAUACUGGAUGAAGUAGGGGCAGUCGUAGAUGAUCUAUUUGUAUCAGAUAUAUAUAGUCAAAAUGGAUCCAAUACAGCGUGUAAUAUCACUUUAACAUACCCAGAGAAAAAGGAUUGCAAGAAUGAUACACCGAUAUCUCAUAAAUCUGAGAGUCACAAUUCAACAGUGGCUUUAUUACUGAAUGACAGUACAGUGUCUAUUGAAUCAGGCUGCUUAGCAUCAUCAUUACCAGCAUCAGAUCCCGCAUACACAUCCUUGGAAUUUACCAAGGCCCCCAACUCCAAUUAUUCGUCCAAUAUGAUCGUUUCCGACAAGACGAGCCAACUCAAAACACCAAGCAAUACCAUCCAAGUUUCAAAAUCCGGCAUAUAUGAUACAGAAUUAGAAAAGGCAUUUCAAAAUCUAUCUAUAUCUACCGAAUCAAAGCGUAAAAUUAUUCGGCAGUGUUUGGAUCUUAAACGAUUGGUGGAUAAAGAAGGGUCGUCCAUAUUUACAGACUCGUUAGUACAAAAAGCCAUAUUUUCGAAAUCCAGCAUCAACAUCUCAGUCUUGUUUCGGUGCCUCCAAAAUGCACCUGAUAUUGAUUUAUCCAUUGUAAUCACCAGUAUGCUAAUACGUCUAGCAACAUUGACCGAAUGCAAUCAAACAAACAUUUUGAUAAUGUCAAAAAAGAAUCUUGCUGCUGUAUUGAUGAGAUGCCUUCAGUUUUAUCAUCAGCAGUAUAUCGUGCCAACCGCAAGCCCUAUUUCUCCUAACCUAUCGCAGAGAUUAGAUGAAGUGCUUGUAAAUAUUCUGACAUUACUUUGCAAGCUUGCAAAAUAUGAUUCCAAACUGUCUUUGUUGGCCAGACUUCACAACGCGAUCCCUAUUUCGAUUGAUAUCAUCCAAAAAUGGCUCAGUCGCAAAGACUAUCAUCCAAUGCUUUUGGCAUUUACUACCCUUCGAGUAUUCCUAGCGAAAAAUGACAGUCUACUACCAAUAGUUCAUCGUAGUAAUAUUAUUCAAAUAUCCGAGCAGCUUCUCAAAUCAACGCCCUCACAAAUUGCUCAAGCAAAACUUGAUUCGGUCGUGGAUUUACUGGCAUUGUUGGCCAAGCCACGAGCCAUAUGCAUCGACAUUCUACGCAUAUUCGAUAUAAAGUAUAUCUUGACACUUGUCAACUCUCCUUACGAUGGAGUUCAGCGUGCUAGCUUGAAAUUACUUAAAGCUACUAUUGAUCAUGAUUUUGCAAAGAGAUUGUUUCUAGCUGCAGAUGGCGCCAAGAUACUGACGGAUAUACUUCAUACAGUUUUACAUACCUACGAAGGUGCUUCAACGGCUUUAUCAUCUACCAAUUCCACUCCUGCGUUAAUGGUUGCUGUUUUACGUGCAGCCGUUGCACACUCUGAUUUGCCCUUUUUCAUAAAAUUUCACGACAGAGCUUUUCCUUUGCCAGUGGUACAACAAGAUGUUGACAAACCAAUAGAUGCGGCUUUAACGAGCUCCAAGAAACACGCUUUAUUGAAUAGCAACGCAAAUGACGGUAUUGAAAUCAAGCCACCCCAUUCAUCCCAGCCAUCUGACAUGGAUCUAUUAACCGACACUAUUAAAAAAAGUAGCAAUCAUGUAUCUUUAAUGUCUGAUCAAGACUAUUCGCAUGCUGUUGAUACGUAUACGACUGCAGUGCGGGAAGUUGACACUUGUUUUAUACCCCCAACCCAACCUGGUACGUUCAAAAAACUUGAUUUAGAUACUGAUACUUUAUCUCGACAAUCUAUUUUCAAUGACAAAGCAAUUAAAAACCCAAAUGAAGAUGUAAACCAGGACGCUACAAAUCUUGAAUUGGCUGAUGAAAUGGUUCCAAUAUCACCAUCAGAUAAACUCAUUGCAAAAUUGAGUGAAUGUUGUCCCGAGCUACUUGUGGUAGCAUCGCUUCCAGUUACAACCAAUGAACUUCCCGCACCAAAUAUCCGGGUACGACACGUUCAGCCCAUGUCAUCAGGAAAACAUACUAUUUGCCGCAGCAUUUGUCCAGUCGACCUAGAGCCGCAAACACGACGAACACCCUUAGGUCUAAGUUUGAUAUGUUCAAAAUGGCAAUCGCUCAUUGUGCAAAUAUUUCCAUUCCAUCAUGUGACAAUUGUGAUUAUGGUUUCUAGAAAAACUAUAUUUGAACAUACUGUCAAAAUGCUGCAAGUUCCCACCCAAGGAACUCUUAUAUACGAUGUCAUGCAGGAACAGGUUUCUCAAAACAUAGCAUCUUUAGAUGACGAUACACUUAUCUUUGAUUCGCGAUUCGAAAGUGGAAAUCUGCAAAUGGCAAUCAAGAUUUCACAAUUUGAAUACGACUUGAUUCUCCAAACUGACAUCAAUGCUCAACGUGGAAAGCACAAUCAGUGGUUUUACUUUUCUGUUCAGAAAAUGAUACCAAAUGUGCCUUACAAGUUUAAUAUUUUAAACAUGAGUAAGCCAGCAAGCCAAUUCAAUCAUGGCAUGCAGCCUGUUGUAUACUCUGUAGCUAACCCAGGUUGGAGACGUGCAGGAGAAGGAGUUUUUUACAUAAAAAAUCACUACCGAAAGUCACAUGAUGUUGCAUCCACAGAGUCUUCAGUCUCAGCAGCAGAUACGACAUCUGGAACAUACUCAACGCUUGUAUUUUCCCUUUUGUUCAAGAAUUUAAAUGAUACCUGCUACAUUGCAUAUCACUAUCCAUAUACGUAUUCAGAACUUCAAAGAUCCCUAUAUCAGUACUAUCAAAAUCCACGGUAUCGCAUGCACUGUCGUCGCACCUCGUUGUGCCAGACUCUUGGUGGGAACGAGUGUAUCCUCCUCACAAUUACCGAUUUUCAGCCAGAAUUGCUAGUGGAAUUUCCAAUGAAGGACAGAAAAUACGUAUUUUUGAGUGCACGGGUUCAUCCCGGCGAAAGCAACUCUAGCCAUAUCAUGAGUGGGCUGAUACAGUUUUUACUGGGUGUAGAUGAUGCUGCGGUUAUUUUGCGACGAAAAUGCAUUUUUAAAAUCAUUCCAAUGUUGAAUCCCGAUGGUGUCAUAAACGGAAGCCACCGAUGCUCUUUAGCAGGUCUUGAUUUGAAUCGUCAAUGGAAAACCCCAUCUCUUGCAUUAACACCGUCAAUAUUUUGGACAAAGCUGCUUUGGAGAUUUAUCAUUGGUCUUGGAAACAAUCCUUUGCUUUCUUGCGAUUUUCAUGGGCAUUCUCGCCGAAAAAACGUAUUUUUAUUUGGAUGCGAAAAUGGUCCAGGUGAAACAGAAGGAUACGAAAAAGUUUUCCCAACAAUCUUGGCAGCACAGUCGCCCAUAUUCGAUAUUGGACUGUGUAGGUAUACUGUUGAAAAAUCAAAAGAAUCAACUGCUCGAAUUGUUCUUUGGCGUGAGUUUGGAGUUGUGAAUAGUUUCACAUUAGAAUCCAGUCAUUGUGGAGCAGAUUUUGGUGAACGAAAAGGCGCGCAGUUUUCAAUUGCAGAUCUGGAGCGCAUGGGAAUGGACUUUUGCCGAGGACUGCUAACCCUAACCGAAUCCAAAGAAUUCAAAGGACUGGAAAUGCCCAUUUCGCUACCUGAAUUGAAUCAUGACAUGCAGCUUUCUAAUCAAAAUGAUAAGCAUGCGUUUACAGCAAAUGAUGCUGAUAAUUCUAUAGAUCAAGAACCUAGAUUAAAAGGAAAGUCGGCUGUAUCUGCAUCCAGUUCAACAGUAUCGACACCCUCCAGACCGAGAAAAAAGACGGGUAGUAAUUCAUUUGGAACAAAGAUUAAACAAAAAUCAGGACUUUAUGCAAGUGAUAAUACAGGCAUAGUUUCUGCAGUAUUAUCAGAACCUAAUUCGGUAACAAAAUAUUCAGCAAAAUUUAAUCAAACUAAAACAAAAUCGCUCAAAAAAAACCUGUUAUCGGCCAGAAAUGGAUCAUCGUUUAUCCGUACACCUAAUCUACGGAAAAUAGCGGCUUCAAACAACACAAAGCAAUCUCCAAAUACGAUUGAACAAGCUUUGCAUAGAGGAUUCUCCAGUGUUAAUGAUGUCAACGUGGAUACUGUUGGUGACGAUAUGCUAGGAGAGAAUGCAAAUGAUGAUGCAAGCGACAACAGCAGUAGCAGUGAGGGAUGA